AUGUCUCUGACCAGAGCUGAGAGGACCGUCAUCGUGUCCAUGUGGAGCAAGAUCUCCACACAGGCGGACGCCAUUGGCACCGAGACCCUGGAGAGGCUCUUCUCCUGCUACCCCCAGGCCAAGACCUACUUCCCGCACUUCGACCUGCACACGGGCUCCGCGCAGCUGCGCGCGCACGGCUCCAAGGUGGUGGCCGCCGUGGGCGACGCGGUCAAGAGCAUUGACAACGUGGCGAGCGCGCUGUCCAAGCUGAGCGAGCUGCACGCCUACGUGCUGCGCGUGGACCCGGUCAACUUCAAGUUCCUGUCCCACUGCCUGCUGGUCACGUUGGCCUCGCACUUCCCCGCCGACUUCACGGCCGACGCGCACGCCGCCUGGGACAAGUUCCUGUCCCUCGUGUCCGGCGUCCUGACGGAGAAGUACCGCUGA